AUGUCAAAGCAAUCUGAAGAACUACCUGCAAAGAGAGGACGCUUAGAUGAGAGUGAUAUCGCAUCAGGGCCUUCAAAAAAAGGUAAAGACGAGCACACCUUAGAAAAAGGAGGGAAAAAGCUUGAGGAGGAAUCAAAGUCAGGUUCUGAUAAAGAAGAAUCUCAAGAGUCUGAGGAAAACGAGGGAGAGGUUUAUUCAUCUGAUGAAGAAAGCGAAGAAGAAGUUGAUGAAGAUGAGGAGUAUGAAGUUUCUCAAGAGGAAGAAGAAAGCGAAGAAGAAGAGGAGAGCGAAGAAUCAGAAGAAAUAGCGCCAAAAAAGCGUGGAAGAAAAAAGAAGAACUCUAGCGACUCUGAUUAA